AUGCGUUUCCACACCAUCGCUCUCCUCACCGGCGCAACUGCUGUCGCUGCGGGUAAUACCGCUACUCUGCUUCUGCCUGGCUUCCAGGGUCGCGAUCUCGAGGCUGGUAUCAUCACCACGGCUGGCGAUGCCACCACCUACCUGAUCACCUGCCCGACCUCCGUCGCCUCUUCUGCCUGCGGUAUCCCCGGCAAGGGCAUGACUGCUGUCGCUGCGCCCAGCGCUGCUGAGCUGUUCCAGGUUUACCCCGACGGCAGCACUGCUACUGUCUCUUGCAGCGUUGCUGGCACCACCUACGCCUCCUGCUCCGCUGCCCAGGGCACCGUCACUGUCCAGCACACCCUGGACGCCAAGAACAUCAACUGGAUGCCCGUCACCGUGACCGGAGACUGCUUCACCAGCACUCCCACUCCCACCCCGACCAUCACUACCACCGUGGUCACCCAGACUCCCAGCUCGACCUCCAGCCCGAUCUCGAGCCCCAUCAAGUCCACCUCUCGCCCGGCCUCCACCCCUCUGGUGAGCAGCACUCCUCUGGCCUCCAGCCAGACCGGUGCUGGCACCCCAGCUGCCACCCAACCCGCUGCUCCCAACGCUGCCGUCUCCCUGGCCGGCAACGGCUGGACCCUGGGCGGUGCCGUUCUGGCCCUGGUCUACGCUCUCGCGUAA